AUGAGAAUUCCUGUGGUAGAGGAAGAUGACGGAACGGUAGAGGCAGAGGUAGAGCCUGGUCACUACGCAACUGUCUGUCCCGAAAAGACAGAGAAGAAUCAAGAAGCCAAUCUAAACGAGACAGAAGAGGCUGAUGCACUCUAUGUACACGAGGUGGUGUUUUUGAACGAAGAUAAGGUGAUUCCGAAGAAUCUUGAUAUCGACAAAGGCAGUGCAAGUGUCUGGUAUUUGGAUAAUGGAGCGAGCAAUCACAUGACAGGGAACAAGGAGUUCUUUUCGAGUUUGAAUCUCAACACCAAAUGGAAGGUGAAGUUUGGUGAUGGAUCGUGUGUUUACAUUGUAGGUUGUCUCGCAGGGAAGCAAACGAGACACUCAUUCCCGAGUGUAACACACGAAGAAGGCGUGUGUGACACAUGUCUCGCAGGGAAGCAAACGAGACACUCAUUCCCGAGUGUAACACACGAAGAAGGCGUGUGUGACACAUGUCUCGCAGGGAAGCAAACGAGACACUCAUUCCCGAGUGUAACACACGAAGAAGGCGUGUGUGACACAUGUCUCGCAGGGAAGCAAACGAGACACUCAUUCCCGAGUGUAACACACGAAGAAGGCGUGUGUGACACAUGUCUCGCAGGGAAGCAAACCAGAGACUCACUCCUGACUAAGGCCAUGGUUCGUACAUCAAAGCCAUUAAGAUUAUUGCUUGGAGAUUUGAGUGGACAAACCGCACCACCAACGACAGCAGAUAAUCAUGAGGCAUUCUAUCGGUUCAAAAGAUCUCACACCGAUAGAGGAGGAGAGCUUGCCUCAGCUAUGUUCAAUUUAGGUUGCACCAAUAGAGGAGGAGAGGUUGCCUCAGAUGUGUUCAAUCUAGGAUGCACCGAUAGAGGAGGAGAGAUUGCCUCAGAUGAGUUCAACUUAUCUUGUGAAAAAGAUUUGGUUGAAGCUAUGGAAGACGAGUUGGAGUCUAUCACAAGAAACAAGAUAUGA